GGAAUAACCUAAUUGUCAGAUUAUAAUGGAUGGGUAUAGGUAUAGGCAGCACAUGGUAUUGAGGGGCCCGGGUUAUUGGGUGGUUCGGAGAAAGCUAGAAAGUCUCGAAUGACGAAUUUUGUAGUGCAGAUGCUUAGCUAUAGGCGGGCGGGUGGUUGUUGAUUUAGUAGAGCUUGAGGUAGGUAGGUACAUAGGUAGGUAUUCUUUUGGGUGCAGGGUUUGUCGUACACAGCCUUUUUUAUUUUAUUUCUCUUGCGAUUGCUUCGAUGUUUUGUUAUUGUUGAUUGAUCUUCUAAUAUAUUUAGAUCUUUGUUUAUUUUCUUCUUUUGAGGUGUUCGUUAAAGUUCCAUUCUUUUUCUUAUCGUCGGACAGGUAUUCAUAGAUGUAUAUCAGUUGUUGAUCAUAGAUAUCAUGGCGACUGAACAUCCUUAUGCUCCUUGGAGGAGAUUGAUCUUGGUACCUUGCUGGAUCAUCCAAGUUCUGCUUUCAGGCUUUACUUUGGUCAUUAAUGCUGUUGCUGUUGCUCAGUUUAUGCGCGAUGAUUCCGGUGAUGAUGAUGAUUAUAACGGUGAUUUUAAAACGAGUUUUGGGUAAAUAUAUCUUUCUUAAAGGUGUUUUCUGGCAUGAGUGCUGACGAAAUUUGACAGUAUCGCAUGGUUUUACAUUGUAUUCUCCAGCGUAUACAUCAUCCUUACUAUCACAGAAAUUAUCCUCAUGUUGAGACAUAAAUUAAAGCCCAUUAUGUUUCUCAAUAUGAAUAUCCUCAAAAGUACAAGUUCGACAAUCUUAUUCAUCAUCAGCUGUUGGAACGCCUUCGGUAUUUUCAAGAAGAUAAUGCCUAGUUUCGUGGGCUUAAUUAUCCAUAUCAUAUUACUGUAUGCCGAAUUUCCCAUUCACGAGCCUAUAUACCAAGCACAUGCUAACCAAUCCUCCACAGACUCGCUUUCUACAUUCCCCUAACACAUGGCUCCCUGAUCAUGCGCCGCAACCUGAAAGCUGCAAAAUACGAACCCGUGGACCCCAAACACGCCAGUUACGAUUCCACUACCGAGCCAUUCCCAGAUACAUUCCCAGAUACAUUCCCCCAAAUCUACAAAGCCUUUACUACCGUUGUGGAAAUCACCGAUCUCGAAGCGAAUAAUCAAACCCCUGAGCGCCCUCGACGACUCAGUUACAAUCAUACGAGAGACACCAGAUUCGACUCAUAUAAACAAACUCGAAGGAGUUUCUCGGAUCCAAGUGUUAUGCGGAGUAUGGCUGCCAGUCCCCCGGGAUUUGGUGCUUUGACCCCUGUUAGUCGGAGUAGGAGUGGUACGUGGAGUUUGCCGAUACCGCAGGUAGUGGUAAAUGAUUAUGAUGCGCCUUCAGAGACAAAUGCGAGGCCUGAAUUGAGAUAAAAAGUGUUUUUGGUGGGCGGCGUUUGGGAACAUUCCGGGUAUAAAUUUUUGCGUCAGCGGGUUCGGUCUACGGUUUUGGGAUCUAUCUUGCUUUUAUGUAUAUAUUGUAUGGAUGCAUCUGGGGAAAGAUAUCAGCCUUUUCUUGUGAUACCAUUCAGGUUAAUAGAGUGACUAUGGAUUACCAUGCUUU